GCGAGAGAUUCUCCCACCCCCACCCACCGAGCUGAGGGAGUAUGACUUCUGCAACGUCACCUAUCAUUUUGAAAUGGGACCCCAAAAGUUUGGAAAUCAGGACUCUCACAGUAGAGAGACUAUUGGAGCCACUUGUUACCCAGGUAACGACGCUUGUGAACACCAGCAAUAAAGGACCAUCUGGCAAGAAGAAAGGGCGCUCAAAGAAGGCUCAUGUUUUGGCUGCCUCUGUGGAGCAGGCCACUCAAAACUUCUUGGAAAAAGGAGAUCAAAUUGCUAAAGAGAGCCAGGAUCUCAAGGAGGAGUUGGUUGCUGCUGUAGAAGAUGUUCGAAAACAAGGAGAGACGAUGCGCGUCGCCUCGUCGGAGUUCGCGGACGACCCCUGCUCCUCGGUGAAGCGCGGCACCAUGGUGCGCGCCGCCCGCGCCCUGCUCUCGGCCGUCACGCGCCUGCUCAUCCUGGCCGACAUGGCUGACGUCAUGAGGCUGCUCUCACACCUCAAAAUCGUAGAGGAGGCGCUGGAAGCUGUGAAAAAUGCAACGAAUGAGCAAGACUUAGCCAACCGCUUCAAGGAAUUUGGGAAGGAGAUGGUGAAACUGAACUAUGUCGCUGCGAGGCGACAGCAGGAGCUGAAGGACCCUCACUGCAGGGACGAGAUGGCCGCGGCCCGAGGGGCUCUGAAGAAGAACGCCACCAUGCUGUACACGGCCUCGCAGGCCUUCCUCCGCCACCCCGACGUGGCAGCCACCAGGGCCAACAGGGACUACGUCUUCAAGCAAGUGCAGGAGGCAAUUGCUGGCAUCUCCAAUGCUGCCCAGGCCACCUCCCCCACCGAUGAGAACAAGGGUCACACUGGCAUAGGAGAGCUCGCUGCUGCUCUGAAUGAGUUUGAUAACAAGAUCAUCCUGGACCCGCUGACGUUCAGCGAGGCGCGGUUCCGGCCGUCGCUGGAGGAGCGGCUGGAGAGCAUCAUCAGCGGCGCGGCGCUGAUGGCGGACUCGUCCUGCACGCGCGACGACCGCCGCGAGCGCAUCGUGGCCGAGUGCAACGCCGUGCGCCAGGCGCUGCAGGACCUGCUCUCCGAGUACAUGGGCAACGUGAGUGCUGCUGGGGCAGGGGUGGGAGCCAUGGGAUCAGCUCAAGUACAGACCUGA